UCGACGACAGCAGUCAGAAUAGAAUUUAGCGCCAUAGGAAAGGGGAUCUCAAUGCUUUGCAGUCGCUUCCUCUCCUUGCUCCCUUCUCUUCAUCCAUACUGACCUGUGACACAUGGAUAGGUAAAAGCAGAUAACCUAAGCCUAGGUUUCCCGACUUCUGCAUUGUUAAUUAGGCAGGGAGAGAAGGAAGCCUUAUUAUACGAUUGAGAUGCGCACAGGGUGCUGGCAGAAUACGUACGGCGCAGCACGCGCCCAAUAAAACAUGUAUUGAGCAACAUGUUCAAAUGUUUUUUAACAGAUAUAAUUUUGUGUUUUAUUUUCAGUAACAAAUAAUUAUUUAUGCGCGUCGACAGUGUAAAUAGAGCAAUGCACGCGUCUGCUGGGACGGGAGUUUUUAUCUUGUCCUUGACACCAAUACCCAUUUCAUUUUUCUUCAACUCUCUGAUCUACACUAACAGCAUUGAGACAGUCUUUUUCGCUGGAUCUACAACGGUUCUUAUCUUGGCUAUAUCUGCAUGCUUUCUAUUCAAGAAGAAGGCACCCAAAGACCCUCUAUUCUAUGUGUUUGCAGUGUAUGCAUUCCUGAGUGUGGUAAACCUGAUCAUUGGUCUGGAGCAGGACAGUAUCAUCGAUGGUUUCAUCACCUUCUAUCUCAAAAAUGCAGACCCCUACAUUAACACGGCCCAUGGACACAUGAUCUCCUAUUGGGAUGGAUGUGUCCACUAUCUCAUGUACCUGCACAUGGUUGCAGCUAUAACCUGGGGGGCAAGCUACAGAGCCAUCGGCCUGUACUGGGUGGGGUCCAUUCUCAUGCGCGUCAUCGUCUACAUUCCUGGAAAUGUUGUGGGGAAGUAUGGUACCCAGCUGAGCCCCCUGUUCCUGGUCCACAUGCUCUACGUCGUGGUGUCGGUGUGGGCCUGCUUCCGCGUCUUCAGCCAGUCCACCACCAGACAGGCUCGGACAAUGAGUAUCAAUGAGGUCCAGAGGACUACGCUAGUGGAGAGGCCCCUAGACUUUCUGUUUGUCAUCUACCUCGUCCCUGCUACAUUUUUCUGUGUCUUCAGAGGCCUGGUGGCCCUGGACUGCCCGACAGAGUGGUGUCAGGAGUACACACAGCUAUAUGAGCCUUACCUGAAGGACCCCUCGUCUUAUCCUAAAAUACAGAUGAUAGUGAACAUGCUUUACUCCGGUCCGUACUACAUCAUUGCGCUCUACGGGCUGCUCGUGCCUGGGUGUGAGUGGAUGCCUGACCUCACUCUGGUCCACUCUGGGGCAAUAGCACAGGCCCAGUUCUCCCACAUUGGUGCAUCUCUCCACACGCGGACGCCGUUCUCCUACAGAGUACCAGCUGACAGCCAGAUUGUCUUUCUAUUAGUCAACGCCCUGUAUGCCAUUGUACCCCAAGCCCUCUGCUACCGCUGUGUCACUAGCCCUGCCUUCUUCCUCAGAGACCAACAAAAUGACAAGAGGACUGACUGAAGGAACUGACUGACCAACUGACUGGCUGGCUGGCUGACCGACUCAGGCCUUGACACCGCAGAAACCAGCCCAAAAGUAUCUCUCUGUCUAGCAUAACCACAGAAACCAGUCCAAAAGUAUCUCUCUGUCUGGCAUAACUGCAGAAACCAGUCCAAAAGUAUCUCUCUGCCUAGCAUAACCGCAGAAACCAGCCCAAAAGUAUCUCUCUGCCUAGCAUAACCGCAGAAACCAGUCCAAAAGUAUCUCUCUGUCUAGCAUAACCGCAGAAACCAGUCCAAAAGUAUCUCUCUGUCUAGCAUAACCGCAGAAACCAGUCCAAAAGUAUCUCUCUGCCUAGCAUAACUGCAGAAACCAGUCCAAAAGUAUCUCUCUGCCUAGCAUAACUGCAGAAACCAGUCCAAAAGUAUCUCUCUGCCUAGCAUAACCGCAGAAACCAGUCCAAAAGUAUCUCUCUGCCUAGCAUAACCGCAGAAACCAGUCCAAAAGUAUCUCUGUCUAGCAUAACCGCAGAAACCAGUCCAAAAGUAUCUCUCUGCCUAGCAUAACCGCAGAAACCAGUCCAAAAGUAUCUCUCUGUCUAGCAUAACCGCAGAAACCAG